AUGGCGCCCAUCAACUCGACGGAGCCGGUGCGGGAAAAGCACAGCAAGAAAGAGAAGAAGGACAAGAAACGUGCUCGCGACGAAGAGGCGGCUGCCGAUGUGGAACACCGCAAACACAAAAAGUCCAAGAGCGAGGCAGGAACUGUCACCGGGGGUGAGCAAGACGAGGCUAAAGCUCUGAGGAAGAGCAAGAAGAGCAAGAAGAUCAGGGACAACAACGGCUCUGACGGAGAGGCUGCAGAGAAGAAGGACAAGAAGAAGAGCAAGAAGAGCAAGAAAGAGGAAGACAUCGAGGAUGCCACUGCCAAUCUGAAGCAAGAUGCUGCGAAAGAGUCGAGUCCACAAAAAAAGUCCAAGAGCGGCAAAAAGUCCGCCAAGGCCGAGCCCAAUCCCAAAGCAGAGGAAGAACAGGCCGUCGACGCCAUGGACAUUGACGACACGACAACCUCAACAUUCAAGACGACGUCCGGCAAGAUCCACCAACCCUCGGACACUCCCUCUACUCCCCAGUUCCCAUUCUUCCACCAGACCAUCUCCCUCUACGAGCCCAUCUACCCUAAUGGGUGGGCCAAGCCCAUCACGGGAUGCGAGUCGCAGCACCUCCGACACCUGCGGGACCGAUACGUGCCGUCGAUGCGCGGCGUGCUCCUCGACUACGAAAAGGUGACGCUGGGGCAGAAGCCUGGACGUGCGGGGGCUGCCGCAGACGAUGAGUCGCCCGCCAUGGUGCGCAGUCGGGCCGAGUUUGGCGGAGCAUUCGGGUGGAUCACGGCCGAUGUGAAGCUGUUUGUUCCGUCGCGGGGCGCGUGGAUGGAGGGCGUGAUCAACCUCCAGACCGAGGGACACAUUGGCGUUGUAUGUUUCGGCAAAUUCAACGCUUCCAUCGAGGCGCGUCGCCUCCCCGCCUCGUGGCGCUGGGUGCCCAACGACGACGACAGCGCUGCGGCCCCCGACGACGGGGCCUCCGUCUUCACCGGUGCCGACGAGCACGGUGUUGUUCGCCAGAUCCACAGCACGGGCUACUGGGUCGAUGCUGAUGGCGAGAAGGCCCGUGGACGCGUGCGCUUCCGCAUCCGCAAUUUCGACGUCGGCGUCAGCGGCGACUCGACCUACCUCAGUCUCCAGGGCACUAUGCUCAACAAGCUGGACGAGGGGAAGCUGGUCGCCACCGAGGCUCGUGAAGCACAGGAGCGCAAGGCUAGGAAGGGUGGGCGUUGGCGUGAAAGGAGAGUCGUUCCCGACUUUAGUAUGACACGCUUUGCUACGGCCGAUGAGGACGAGGAGCCGCAGGCUACCGAGCCGCAGCUGCAGCAGGUUUCCGAGGAGGUCAUGGCCGCAGAGGUUGGCAUUGUCUAG